UCAGGAGCCCCCUCUUUUCGCGCGACCUGAAGCGUGCACGCGAGAUGAUGGACGGGCGGGCUCCCCCGUACCACGGCCCUGGCUCCGGACGGAUCGACGACGACGUGCAGCUUGGGUACUGGAUGGCGCAGCUGCCGCACCUGCGCGUGGUUGGCUUCCGGCGGUACAUGGCGUGGCACGACCGCUGGAAGGCGGGCGUGACCGGCUACCUGCCAAGGCUGCUGCAGGCGCACAAGGUGCCGUGGGACAAGCAACGCACCCUCUGCAACCAGACCCGCGCGGUGUGGUCGAAAGCGCGCCGCGCCUCCGUCUCGCUGCACUGCGACAGCAGCCCGCCCUGCCGGGACUGCGCACACGUGCCCACUCAGAAGGCGUGCGCGAUCGACGUCGCGCUGGACCUCGGGCCGAGCUGGAGACCGCCGCCCACUUGCGCGCCCGUCUGCAACUUCAAAAAGGGGUCCGAGCCGCAGCUGCCCGGGCAGUGCUGGGCCCCGUGACGCGGGGUAGCCCGCUCAGGGGGGGCGGCAGCAUCACGUGCUCGUGAAGGCGGCGCCGGGCUCGACACAGAUCACAGUCAACCGCGCACAGACGCACGUCUCUCUCGACGCAUGUCUCGCUCUCUCCCUCUCUUGCACGCCUGUGCCCUCGCAGUAUUUAGGUAUGCUCUGGUGGGCCUGUGUAUUUUGUCUGUGUCCAGGCGUUUUUGUCGUGUGCUGGGUACUCGUGCGCAGCGGGCGCGCGCGCCUUGAAGAUGUGCGUCGGAGCUCGCGGAUGGGCGACGCCGGUCGGCUCGUCGCCGCGCGGGAGCGCUUCUCGGCGCGAGUCUGCGGCGAGUUCGGCUCGCGCAGUGACAUGUUGAGAAGCAGAAGGGGCCCGAAGGCAGGAGACUAGACUUGCGCCCCGCAACGAAAUAAAUAUCUUUACUUCCAACACCCAA